UCCUAUGGUUACAUUUAUAUGUAAAUUAAGUCUUAUCUGUUAAAAGAAAAAUUCUUAUUUUUCUUUUUAUUUAUUUUAUUUCAUUUUCCUAUUCUGUUUUAUUUCAUACAGAAAGGAAAUAGUUAACUAGCAGUCAACAAAACGUAUCACUGGUUGUAUUAAUCAUUAAAAUGCCAAUUUUAUCAAAUCAUCAUUAUUACCAAUAGAAAAAGGACUCGUAUAAAAAUUUGUCAAUAUAAGUCUAAAUUGAUGCAUUCAUACUGACGAUAAUAACAGAAAAUCCCUUUUUGUGAAAUUAAUAUUACUCAAUAGAAUAACUCAUGUUGCCUAUUUUGAUAAUCAGUUGGAUAAUAUUUUACUUCAGUAACAUUUGUAUUAAUGCAAACAAUUUAAAUCCUCAUUCUGAUUUAAAUCAAAAACAUUAUACUGAUGAAAAAGAUUCAAAUAUUAAAGUAAUUUAUGAAGCAACAAGAUCUGUAUGUUAUACUAAAGGUCAAGCAAUUGAAUGUUCUCCACCAUUUACAAAUAUUGCUGAAAGUGUUGAUAUUAAAGCAACUUCAACAUGUGGUCAAUUUGAUCAGUCAGAAGAAAUAUGUAGAUAUGUAAUGGGACAUGAAAAGUGUGAAACAUGUGGUAAAGGUGAGAAAUUUGGAACACACUUACUAACUGAUAGACAUCAAAUGAAUAAUGAAACAUGUUGGGUUUCAGGAUCUGUUUUACCAGGUGACACAGUAAAUCUAACUUUAUCACUAGGUAAACGUUUUGAAGUUUACUAUAUUUCUUUGCAACCUUGUGGUCAAUUGCCGGAUUCAAUUGCUUUAUAUAAGUCAUCUGAUUUUGGUGUAACAUGGAAACCAUGGCAAUAUUUCUCGACUGAUUGUUAUCGAGCAUUUCAUUUGCCUACAAGUAAUGAGCAUAAUGCACAAAUCUCUUUAGCAAACAUACAAGAAGUCUUAUGCGUUGCUUUGAAAUCACCAGAUGUACAUGGUAAUUCAGGACAAUCAUCGAAUGUUAUCGCAUUUAGCACAACUAUUGGACGACCAUCAAUGCAACCAUGGAGUUCAGCACUGAUCGACUGGAUGACUAUGACGGAUUUAAGAAUAAGUCUUAUGCGAUUCCCGGAAUAUCGAGAUGAAGUUCAAUAUGAUUCAAAUGGACUAUUUUUAAACCCAAGUUUUCCGAAACCAACAAAUGUAUUUCGUGUUAGUGGCAGUCCCAGUAUUGGUGGUUUUGGCACAAAUCCUGUCUUGUCCGAGGCAGGUACACUGGAUAUGUCACAACAUUUAUAUCAGUCUGAUAUGCACUAUUCAAAGACACCUAAUAGUAAAACACCUGUUCACUUCUCUUUCUCUGAUUUAUCUAUCGGUGGUCGGUGUAAGUGUAAUGGACAUGCUAACCGUUGUGUCAGAGAUCGAAUAGUUGGUACAGGAAUAACAACAGAUAAUAAUGGUCAGAUGAAAUCUCAAUGGGGGCCACUUAGAUGUGAUUGCCAACAUAAUACAGAAGGAGCUGAUUGUGAACGUUGUUCUCCUGGUUAUUUAGAUAGACCCUGGGCAAGAGGUACUUCUGAAUCAGCUAAUGAGUGUAAACCUUGUCAAUGUGGUAAUCACACUAAUCAAUGUAUAUUCAGCGUAAAAGCUUUCAAGCGUUCCGGUGGUAUAACCGGUGGUAUAUGCUUGGCAUGUCAACAUCACACAGAAGGUUCAAACUGUGAUCAGUGCAUAAUUGGAUAUUAUCGUGAUCCUAAUCUAACCAUGGGAAAUGAGCAUGCAUGUCGAGAAUGUCGAUGUCACCCGAUUGGAUCAAUCGCUAAUCAACAUUGUGAUCGUAAAACUGGUCAAUGUCCUUGUAAACCAGGAGUUGUUGGGCAAGCAUGUAAUCGUUGCCAGGAGGGUUAUAAACAAACACGUUUACCUGAUGCACCAUGUAUUAAAGCUAUGGAACAUUACGCGCAUAGAAGAAAAGAGAAUGAUCAAACAUCUCAUUCAACCAAAUCCCAGUUGUCUAAACCGGAGACUAAUAUUGAUUGUCCUCCAUGUGAGAGAAGUAAGAAAAGAAUAAGAUUUAAGAAGUUUUGUCGUAACGAAGCUGUGUUUCGUGGCAUAGUCAAAUCUCGAACAAUUCAUGGAGACUUAAUGCGUCUUGAAGUCGGCAUUCAAAACACAUGGCGUAUUACUGGAACAGCUGAACACUUAUUACCUAAAACAGCAUCGCCAAAUCUACCAGCCUAUCGAGUUUGGUUACGCAUCAAAAAUAACUCAGCAGAUAAACGUCAUUCACGAUGUCUAUGUCCUAACCUCCAAGUUGGUCAAUCUUAUUUGUUCAUAACACGUUCGCAUCAGGUUCCAUAUGGCGAUCGAAUGGAGUUAUUACUUGAUACACAUAGUGUAGUAUUAAAAUGGAGAGAAUCAUGGAGAAGACGAUUGUCAAAAUUUGUACGUCGUGCUGCACGUGAACCAUGUGAUAGUGAGAAAAAUUCAGUUGUUGUUGAUGAUGAUAAUACUGAUGAUAGUGAUUAUGAUAAAUUAAAAAGAACUCGUCGAGUACAACGGUUACGUCCAGGUCCUGAUUACUAUUCAUCAAACACCCAAGUGAAUCAACAUAAUCGAAUACAAUCCCCCACUUCACCUUCAACAUUAUCAUCAAAUUACCACUUGAAUAGGCUAAGGUCAUCUAACAAGUUAAAAAAACAAAUCAGUCAAUCAUCCAUCAUUUCCGACCCACACAGUUCUAAAGAGAUUAGUUUAAAUUACCCACAUGAUAAGGAUAAAUUUCAAUAUACAACCAAUAAAAAUGUGUAUUCAUCAUUUUAUUCAAAUCAAUAAAUUCAGGUCAAAACAAAAUUUCAAGAAAUGAAAUACUAUAUCAUGGAAACAAUGUUAAGCAAUAUAAUUUAGUUAACAAUAUCGGUGUACAGUAUUACUGUUUUGAAUAUAUAUCCCCCCACCCUCCAAAAAAACAAAAACAUCAAAUAAAUUGAACUAUCAGACGGUGAACUUUUUUUAACACAAAAAAAAAUUUAUUUCAACCAUAUAUCCUGUAUCUGUUAGCAAUAUUAUUUAUUGACUAAUAAAAAGGAAGCGAAAAACAAACAAACAAACGAUCUAUUUCUGAAUCAGAAAUAACUAAUAGGCAAAACAAAAAUCUACUUGCUAUAACCUUUAAAAUAAUCACUUUUUUUUUCUCUUUAAUAAAUAUACACAUUAAACUAUUAUAACUUGUCAUUUAUUGAGAUUUUCUCAUUUUGAAAAAAAAGUUAAUAAUUAUAUUCCUUGUUUUAUACACAGUCGCCAUUGAAUUGUCUAUUUGUUCUACUAUUUAUAGAAUCUAUCGUUAUCAUUCAUAAUAUAAUUAUAAUAAUUGAUUAAAUAAUUAAUUAUGCCUGUUACUUUUAAUAGAGUAUAGGCUACCAACCAGAAAAUCAAUAAUGAUAAAUCUUUAUUUACAACAUAAUCAAUAUUAUUUAUUACUACUAAUCGUUUAAAUUUUUUUUUAAAAACUAUCUAUCAUAAUCAUUCAGUGUAUUCAAUGAUAUAUCAAAUGAAUAUUGAAUAUAUGGUGUAAGUUUUAAAUGAUAAUCAAUAUUAACCAUUACAUUUAUAUCCCAUUAAUUGCUACCUCAUAUUCUUCUUUAUCACUUUUUUCUUGUCUAUUCUUAUUCAUUAAAUAUAUAUUCUUGAUUGGCUAUAAUUAUUAAAAAGGAUUAUUAAUUAUAACAAUAUAUAUAUUAUUAUUAUUGACAAAAGUAGUAGUAUAUAAGGAUUUGUGUUCAUGUUUAAUUUGACUUAACAACAUUCUGUUGUUGUUUUUUGCUUUAACAUAUCCAUGGAAAUUAUAUUCUGCUUACUAUUAUUAUUAUUACAUUUUCUGAUUGAAUAAUACAUUUCUCAACUAAAUAUUAUUGAAAAUAAAAUUUUCAAUUCAUUUGUAUUGUGUAAUUAUGAAGAAUAAAUAAUCUUAAGUUG